AUGGGGCUGUCAUGCCGCGUGUGCCUCUUGCUGGCGCUCGCCCUGGCCCCGCUGGGUGCCGACACCUGGCAGUGCCCCCGCAUCCCUUACAGCUCCACCAGGAACUUCUCCGUCCCCUACACGCUGCCUGGCCUCGACGCCGGCAGCCCCGUGCAGAAUGUCGCUGUCUUCGCCGACUCCACCGGCCCGGCCGCCGUCUUCGUGGCCAUCCGCAACCGCAUCCUGCUGGCCAGCCCCGAGCUGCGCCUCCUCUCCAUCCUCGUCACUGGCCCGGUGGGCAGCGCUGAGUGUGAGAUCUGCCGCCUGUGCCCGGCUGCCGCGGACGGCCCCAAGGACACGGACAACGUCCUGCUGAUGCUGGACCCGCUGGAGCCAUGGCUGUACAGUUGCGGCACAGCGCGGCACGGGCUGUGCUACCAGCACCAGCUGGAGGUGCGGGACGGCAAGGUGGCCAUCACGACCACGCACUGCCUGUACUCGGCCACGGGCAACAGCCCUGCGUCCUGCCCCGACUGCGUGGCCAGCCCCCUGGGGACAAGUGCCACCGUGGUGGCCACCUCCUACGCUUCUUUCUUCUACCUCGGCUCCACCAUCAACAGCAGUGUGGCGGCACGGUACAGCCCGCGGUCGGUGUCCGUCCGCAGGCUGAAGGGCACCUUGGACGGCUUUUCGGACGACUUCCAGUGGCUGACGGUGCUGCCGCAAUACCGGGACAACUACACCAUCCACUACGUGCACUCCUUCGCCGACGGGGACCACGUCUACUUCCUGACGGUGCAGCCGGAGCGGCCGGGCUCGGCAGCGUACCACACGCGCCUGGCACGGCUCAGCACCCACGAGCGCGCCCUCCGCCGCUACCGCGAGCUCAUCCUCGACUGCCGCUUCGAGUCCAAGCGGCGGCGGCGGCGGCGGCACGGCGGCGAGGAGGACGCCGAGCGGGAUGUCGCCUACAACGUGCUGCAGGCAGCCCACGCCGCCCGCCCCGGCGCCCGCCUGGCCCGUGACCUCGGCAUCAAUGACACCGACACGGUGCUCUUCGGCGCCUUUGCCGAGAGCCGGCUGGAGAGCCGGGUGCCGCGGGAGAACUCGGCCGUCUGCGCCUUCCCCCUCCGCCUCCUCAACCAGGCCAUAGAGGAGGGCAUGGAGAAGUGCUGCGGCACCGGGCACCAGCCGCUGCUGCGGGGGCUCAGCUUCUUCCAACCGGUGGAGUACUGCCCGCACAACGUGAACCUCUCGGCACCAGUGGCCAACACCAGCUGUUGGGACCAGCCCACCCUCGUUCCCGCUGCCUCCCAUAAGGUGGACCUGUUCAAUGGGCACCUGGCCGGCGUCCUCCUCACCUCCAUCUUCGUCACCGCCCUGGGGGAUGUCACCGUGGCCCACCUGGGCACAGCAGAGGGACGCAUCUUCCAGAUGGUGCUCCAGCGCUCCAGCUCCUACCUCCUCACCUUGGCCAACUUCUCCCUGGGGGAGCCGGGGCCGGUGCGGGGUGCCAUGGGGCUGCAGAGCCACUCGCUGUUCUUCGCUGCUGGCACCAAGGUGUGGCGCCUGAACGUCACCGGUCCUGGCUGCCGCCACUUCUCCACGUGCCAGCGCUGCCUGCGAGCUGAGCGCUUCAUGGGCUGCGGCUGGUGCGGGGAUGGGUGCACGCGCCGCCACGAGUGCGCCGGCCCCUGGGUCCAGGACAGCUGCCCACCCGUCCUCACCGACUUCCACCCCCGGAGUGCCCCACUGCGGGGCCGGACGCGGGUGACGCUCUGUGGCAUGACAUUCCGCUCCCACUUGGACCUCUACCCCCGCCACAGCCCCCCCGGUGCUUACCGGGUGGCGGUGGGCCGGCGAGGCUGCACGGUGCUGCCGGAGGAGAGCAAGAGCCACAGGCCCCUGCCCACCUCCCGCCGCAAGGACUUUGUGGACGUGCUGGUGUGUGAGCUGGAGCCGGGGGGCCCGAAGGCAGCGGGGGGCCCGGCUGAUGUGGUGCUCACCGUGGAGGAACCCACUGGACCCUCCAGCUUCCAUGUCCACGGCUCCGCCACCCUCGGCGGCUUCGUCUUCGUGGACCCCCGCAUCAGCACCCUGCACCCCCCGUUUGGCCCCCGGGGGGGUGGCACCCACCUCUCCCUGCGUGGCACCCACCUCUCAGCGGGGAGCAGCUGGCGGGUGAUGGUCAACGGCUCCGAGUGCCCCCUGGUCGGGCAGCCCAGGCAGGGCGAGGAGGCAAUUCGGUGCACGACUCCCGCCACCGGUGGCCUGGGCUCAGCCCAGGUGGCCCUGUGGAUUGACGGGGAGGAGUUCCUGGCCCCUCUGCCCUUCCAGUACCGCCCCGACCCCUUCGUUUCGGCCAUCGAUCCCAGCUGCAGCUAUGAGGGCUCGAUACUCACCGUCAUCGGCACCCACCUGGACUCGGUGUAUCGCGCCAAGAUCCACUUUGAAGCCGGCGGCGUGAGGACCGAAGCCGUGGAGUGCGACGGCCCGCGGGCGCCGGAGCGGCUGCUGCGGCCCGGCGUCGACUACAGGGAGGUGCUGGUGCUGCCCGUGGCAGGCAGUCCUGGCCCAGUGGGGACCCGGGCACGCUUCACCGGCACCGGUGCCAGCACCGGCGUGGUGGGUGGUGGCUCCCCCGUGCCCCUGCUCAGGGCCACAUCCUGCUGCCUGGAGGACCUGAGGCCGGAGCUGCUGGAGGAGGUGAAGGACAUCCUCAUCCCCGAGGAGCGGCUCGUCACCCACCGCCACCAGGUCAUCGGCAAAGGGCACUUCGGCAGCGUAUACCACGGCACCUACACGGACCCGCUGCUGGGCGACCUCCACUGUGCCGUCAAGUCCCUGCACCGCAUCACGGACGUGGAGGAGGUGGAGGAGUUCCUACGCGAGGGCAUCCUCAUGAAGAGCUUCCACCACCCCCAGGUGCUCUCGCUGCUGGGGGUGUGCCUGCCCCGCCACGGGCUGCCCCUCGUCGUCCUGCCCUACAUGCGCCAUGGGGACCUGCGCCACUUCAUCCGCGCCCAGGAGCGGAGCCCCACGGUGAAGGAUCUCAUCGGCUUCGGGCUGCAGGUGGCCCUGGGCAUGGAGUACCUGGCCCAGAAGAAGUUUGUGCAUCGGGAUCUGGCGGCCAGGAACUGCAUGCUGGAUGAAACACUGACGGUGAAGGUGGCCGACUUCGGGCUGGCGCGGGAUGUGUUCGGCAAGGAGUACUACAGCAUCCAGCGGCACCGCCACGCCAAGCUGCCCGUCAAGUGGAUGGCACUGGAGAGCCUCCAGACCCAAAAAUUCACCACCAAGUCAGAUGUGUGGUCCUUCGGGGUGCUCAUGUGGGAGCUGCUGACACGGGGGGCAUCGCCGUACCCUGGGGUGGACCCCUACGACAUGGCCAGCUACCUGCUGCGGGGGAGACGCCUUCCGCAGCCCUGCCACUGCCCUGACACCCUGUACAGGGUGCUGCUGAGCUGCUGGGCACCGGCGCCCGAGGAGAGGCCAUCCUUCACGGGGCUGGUGGGCGAGCUGGAGCAUGUCCUGGCCACGCUGGAGGGCGAGCACUAUGUCAACCUGGCCGUCACCUACGUCAAUCUGGAGUGUGGCCCUCCCUUUCCCCCUGCCCCCCUGGGGCAGCUGCCUGAUGGCGAGGAUGAGGAUGAGGAUAACGAGGAGGAGGAGGAAGAGGAGGAAGAGGAGGAGGACACAUCCAUGUGCUGA